CAAUCCCACUUCUCUCUCACUCUUUUGAAUUUCUAGAGGUAGAGAGAGAAGAGUCUUUGGGAUUAGGCGAUUAGCCUCUUGAACCUUGAAAUUCAAAUCCAUUAUCAUCACCACCACCACACCACCAUUUUCAGCAUUUGAAAUUGAAAUCAAAUCCUCCAUGUUUGUUAUCUCAUUUUCCUUGUAUUUGUGUCCUGCAUUCAACUGCUGAUGCAUUGAGAGGCUCUUCAUUGAUAUCUAAUUCCAUUUAAACCCCCUUAAUUGACAAACCGUUUUCAAUGGUCUCCAACAUUAUUUUACGCGUUUUUUUUCCCAAUUCUUUUCUCUGUUUCUCAGCUGUCGUUACAUAAAAAACAAAGAGAAGCUUCGCAAAUUGAACGAACCCCAUUUAUUUAAUGAUGUGAAUUUCCUCAAAUUGUGGCUUCUUUUGUCAUCCAAUAUCAACCGAAAACCCACUUCUACCCAGAAAUCCAGCUCAUAUACCCACGACUGUUGUUAUAGGAUAUUGUUGUUUUCCCGUUUAAAGACUUGAUUUUGAUUGUGUAUUUCUUCGUUUACGAUUGUUUUUUGGCCUUCUGUUGGGUUUUCUUCGUUUUGGUUUAAUGGGUUGCGCCAAUUCGAAGCAAAAACGAUGCAGGCACUGCCAGAGCCCGUACUCGCCGGUGCCCAGAAGCUAUUCGAUGAAUGUCCACCACCCACCGGAGAAGAAAGGGGAUAGCUAUCAUAUUGUGGCGCUUACCUCCACCACUCUCGGGUCUCUCAAGCUCGAUCAAUCCAAUCAAAACAGUCAUGUUGAUACCAAAAUCAUCGCCAGCGGUGGUGGUUCUCCGAUGAACGGUAAUUGCAAUGGCGAGGUGAUUAAGAUUGUUGUGGAUGAUGAUAAAGAGGAAGAGAAGAAGGACUUCUCAAUGGGUCUAAUUGAGGCCAAGACUUGGUCCGAUAUGAUCCAAGAGAAAAUCCCAAAAGUGAUUCCAAAGACACCGAUCAUGACUCCACCUGGAGAACCAGAGACUAUCAAUACAUGGGAGCUAAUGGAGGGUCUUGAAGACAAAAGUCCAUUCCGAUCGCCUAAUCACUUCAGGAGUUUCUCUUUCAAUGUCGCACAUGAUCCAAAUACUGCUCAAUUAGAUAGCCCCAAUUCGAGAUUUCAACAAGUAAAUGGCACGGCAUCAGUGAAGCCUGUUUGGGUUCAACUGUCUGAUGAAGUUUCAAAAUCAGGCACUCUAGUUCAAGAAUUUGAUCCGGAAGUGAUAUCUGAGUUUAGGAAAUCGCUACAAGAGCUUAAUCCUGCUCACCCAUUUUACAUUAAGCCUUCUGAUGUUGAAAAACAACCGGCUUUGCCCCUCGAUGGCAUGUCAUUUGAUAUGAAUUGUGAUGCAAAGAAGGUAAAUGGGGUGAUUAUGGAUUAUAAAUGCGCAAAGGAGAAGGAGAAGGUGAUUGUAUAUUUUACGAGCCUAAGAGGGGUUCGUAGGACGUAUGAGGAUUGUUGCCAUGUGAGGGUGAUCCUAAAAGGCCUUGGAGUUCGAGUUGAUGAGCGAGAUGUAUCGAUGCAUUCGGGGUUCAAGGAGGAGCUGAGGGAACUAUUAGGAGAUGGGUUUAGUGCAGGUGCAUUGCCAAGAGUGUUUGUGGGGAGAAAGUACAUUGGUGGAGCUGAAGAAAUUCGAAGAAUGCACGAGGAAGGGGAGCUAGAGAAGGUUGUUGAAGGGUGUGAAAUGGUGGAUGACGGUGGUGGAGGUGCUAACGGAGCUUGUGAGGCAUGUGGGGAUGUAAGGUUUGUGCCUUGUGAGACAUGUUCAGGGAGUUGCAAGAUUUACUAUGCAAGUGAUGAAGAAGACGACGAGGAAGAAGAAGAAGAAGUAAGUGAUGAGGGCGAAUUCGGGUUUCAUCGUUGCCCUGAUUGUAACGAGAACGGACUUAUACGCUGCCCCAUCUGCUGCUACUAAAUUUCUCAGUUUCUAUAAAACACACACUUUGUUCUUUCUGGGUUUUCUUUGUGAGUUGUUUGGUGUACAGUGAGGAGUUCUGGUAUCUAUGUUAAUGAAGCGGGACUCAGAAAGCCAUUAGCAUUCUUCCUGGGUUUCUUGGUUAAAGAAACUUAGAUGCAUUUUUCCGAUUGUAUCAUUCAAAGCAUAUAUUAAGAAUGUAAGAUGUAAAAGUGCAUUUCCACCUUGGAAAUCAUACAUUUUGUAAUCUUAGAUUGAAAUCCAACUUCCAAUAGUGCCUCUAUGUAUGAUUUUCCACUGAAAUAAUUGAAUCAAGGGGAUUCCAUUACUUCA